AGACCCAUAUCCUUCCACCUUCGUUGACUGUUGGCGUGGACUAAUUGACAAUGGCUGAUUCUGCAACUCAACACACACAGAAGCAAGAAGAGUACCUCGACGUUCUCACCAAGUCUGGCCAGAAAACUGGGAUUUCCAAGCCCAGAGGGGAUGUUCAUGGAGAUGGGGAUUACCAUCGAGCUGUUCAUGUGUGGAUUUUUGCGGAGAGCACUCAAGAACUGCUUCUCCAACGACGUGCUGAUUGCAAGGAUUCGUGGCCAGGCUUGUGGGAUAUCUCCAGUGCCGGACACAUAACUGCUGGUGAUUCCUCACUGAUAAGUGCUAGGAGGGAGCUUGAAGAAGAGUUAGGCAUAACCCUUCCAAGGGAUGCAUUUGAAUUGCUAUUUGUUUUCCUUCAAGAGUGUGUCAUAAACGACGGAAAGUAUAUUAAUAAUGAAUAUAAUGAUGUAUAUCUGGUGACAACUCUUGAUCCAAUUCCACUGGAAGCCUUUACUCUUCAGGAAACGGAAGUGUCUGCCGUUAAAUAUAUCCCUUAUGAAGAAUACAAAAGGCUACUGGCUAAAGAAGAUUCAGAUUAUGUCCCUUAUGAUGUUUGUGGACAGUAUGGUCAACUUUUUGAUAUAAUAAAGAUGAGGUACAAAGAGAAUAUGGUGGCACGCAGUUUGAGUCUACAAAAACAACUCAGACGUUAUGCUCCUAAUUGCCUUAGUGCAGAGCUGACUGGACUCUCUGAAUCAGAUAGAGAGGCUCUUGUUUUUCUUGUCAAGGCUGCAGCUGUUAUGGAUGAACUCUUCUAUCUGCAGGCCUGGUACAGUAAUCCAGUACUAAGAGAUUGGCUGAAGAAGCAUGCUGAUAGAUCAGAGUUAGAUAAGCUGAAAUGGUCAUAUUAUCAGAUUAACAAGGCUCCAUGGUCAAGCCUUGAUCAAGACCAGGCAUUUUUGACAACUGCGGAUUCAGCCAUAAGGUUGCUCCCAAAUGCAACAAAACCGGUUAAAGAUUGGAAGGGUCUGGAAUAUAGAGCAGCAUUUCCAAUGCAGAAGCCACCUGGAGCAAAUUUCUACCCUCCAGACAUGGACAAAAUGGAAUUUGAACGAUGGAAGGACAGUCUAGAAAAGGAUCAGCAGACAGAAGCUACAGGCUUUUUCAGUGUUAUAAAAAGACACAGUGAAUUUCUUUUGGAUUCUAAUACAGUAGAUAACAAAGUGGGUGCUGCUCAUGAUCUUUAUAUAGUUCCUUACUCUCAAGAAUACAAGACUCUUCUUGCAAAGGCUGCAGAGUUAUUGCGUAAAGCUGGGGACACAAGUGACUCACCAAGUUUGAAGAGGCUUCUACACAGCAAGGCUGAUGCUUUCCUUUCAAAUGAUUAUUAUGACUCAGAUGUAGCUUGGAUUGAGUUGGACUCGAAGUUGGAUGUUACUAUUGGGCCAUAUGAGACUUAUGAAGAUAAACUAUUUGGAUAUAAGGCCACCUUUGAAGCAUUUAUUGGAGUCCGGGAUGACCAAGCUACAGCUCAACUGAAACUUUUUGGUGACAAUUUGCAAGUUCUGGAGCAAAAUCUCCCAAUGGACAGAGCAUACAAAUCAGAAGAUGUAAAUGCUGCACCAAUCCGUGUUAUCCGGCUUAUAUAUAAUGCUGGGGAUGUGAAGGGACCACAGACUGUUGCUUUUAAUCUACCAAAUGAUGAGCGUAUAGUAAAUGAUCGAGGAACAUCAAUGGUCAUGCUUAAGAAUGUUUCAGAGGCAAAGUUUAAGCAUAUUCUUCUUCCCAUUGCUGAAGUCUGUGUUGCGAAGGAACAACAAGAACUUGUAGAUUUUGAAUCAUUUUUUACUCAUACAAUUUGCCAUGAAUGCUGCCAUGGGAUCGGACCUCAUACCAUAAUACUUCCAAAUGGUCAGAAGUCUACAGUGAGAUUGGAAUUGCAAGAAUUCCACUCUGCUUUGGAAGAAGCAAAAGCUGAUAUAGUUGGUCUUUGGGCAUUGAGAUUCUUAAUCAACAAGGACCUACUUUCCAAGAGUUUAUUGCAGUCCAUGUAUGUUUCUUUUCUUGCGGGAUGCUUCCGGUCAGUACGUUUUGGUUUAGAGGAAGCUCAUGGGAAAGGGCAGGCAUUGCAGUUCAACUGGUUAUAUGAGAAAGAGGCAUUUAUCUUGCAUAAUGAGGACAGAUUUUCAGUCGAUUUUUCCAAGAUUGAAGGAGCAGUCGAGAGUUUGAGCAGGGAGAUACUCACCAUACAAGCCAAAGGUGACAAAGCGGCUGCAGGUUUGCUUCUUGAUAAAUAUGGUGUGCUCACAGAACCGUUGAAGCUUGCUUUGAAAAAGUUGGAGCAUGUUCAGGUACCCGUUGACAUUGUUCCCUCCUUUCCCAUUGCUGAAAAAAUAUUGGAAUCAUGAUACAAGAUCCAAGGCAGAAGCUUACCAUGCCAGCCAUCGUCCUUGCAUCCUUGGGGUCAAAUUUGGAGCAAUUGCAAGUUCUUCUUAGAAAAUAAGUCUUUGUUUUUUCAAAAACAAAUUGGUCUUCUAGUGUACUUAAACUUACAAUGAAAAUGAUGGCAUGAUGUAAGGCUUGUUACAUGAUUUUCUGAAGUAUGUGAAAUAGUUGUUCAUAUUCGAAUGCCGGCUCUUUUUGUUUUGACGACAACUUGUGAACCGGAUGAUUUUUUUCAAAAAGGUUAGUACAAAUUUUGGU